AGACCCACUGAUGCAUCUAAGGGUUAAUGAGGCUGACUCCUGAGCAGAGAGGGAAGCUGUUAGAUAAAGUUCAGUGUGAAACCAACCAGCAGAGAGCACACUAGCCCAGAGAUAACUUCUAUCAGGCAGUCAGUGGGUGUUCCAGCCUCUUAUCAGCUCCACAAUUCACCACAGCUGUGCAGUGUUUUUGACAUUAGGAGGCUGCUAUUGUAGUGUGCUUUAUUUAAUUUGUACAUAUUUGUUAAAACACGGCGGCUAUUUGCACAGGAGACUAAAUGAAUCGCGUUCAGACGCCUCAUGAGAGCAGUGGACAUGCAGUUGGCCGCUGAAACCGAGGCAGACUGCUUGAACAGGAAGCUUAACUUUCUGUGGUUAGCUCAACGUUGCAGAGCACCCGGCUGCACACAGGAAGCGUCGUUGGCGUGUCGUCUGAGAGCGGUUGCUUUGCCUGCGAGACGAGUCGUGUCGCUCACACGUUGAGACAUUCUCCUCAGAAAUGGCCCAGGGAAAGGAUCAGUCCUUCGCCAGCCGCUUAUUCCACAAAUAUCUAAAGAGUAGCCAGGAGCACAGAGGACCAGAGAGCGAGCUGCCUCACGUCUCUGAGUUCACCGUCAUGUGGGAUAAGUCCAUGAAAGAGUUCUUAGCUAAAGCCAAAGAAGAUUUUUUAAGAAAAUGGGAGUGUCCACCACAGAGCACGACGUGUCUGGACGACUUCGACAGGUUCAAGACUCUUGGCACCGGCUCGUUUGGACGAGUGAUGCUGGUGAAACAUAAAGGAAGCAACCAGUUCUAUGCUAUGAAGAUCUUGGACAAACAAAAAGUGGUGAAGUUGAAGCAGAUAGAACACACACUAAAUGAAAAGAGAAUACUACAGGCCGUCUCCUUUCCCUUCCUCGUCAGAUUGGAGUACGCCUUCAAGGACAACUCAAACCUCUACAUGGUGAUGGAGUAUGUGCCCGGUGGAGAAAUGUUCUCACACCUCAGACGCACCGGAAGGUUCAGUGAACACCAUGCACGAUUUUAUGCAGCUCAGAUCGUACUCACCUUCGAGUACCUUCACUCCUUAGACCUCAUCUACAGAGACCUGAAGCCUGAAAACCUGCUCAUAGAUCAGCAUGGAUACAUCCAGGUCACAGACUUUGGCUUUGCCAAAAGAGUAAAAGGCCGAACCUGGACGUUGUGUGGAACUCCAGAGUACCUGGCUCCAGAGAUCAUCCUCAGCAAGGGCUACAACAAAGCUGUGGACUGGUGGGCACUUGGAGUUCUCAUCUACGAGAUGGCUGCCGGUUACCCUCCUUUUUUCGCUGAUCAACCAAUCCAGAUCUAUGAAAAGAUUGUGUCUGGAAAGGUACGAUUCCCCUCCCACUUUAGCUCCGACCUGAAGGAUCUGUUGAGGAACCUGCUCCAGGUCGACCUGACGAAGAGAUUCGGCAACCUGAAGAACGGCGUGAAUGACAUCAAGAAUCACAAGUGGUUCUCCACAACAGACUGGAUUGCCAUCUAUGAGCGGAAGGUCGAAGCCCCCUUCUUGCCAAAGUGCAGAGGACCAGGAGACACGAGCAACUUCGACGACUAUGAAGAAGAGGACAUUCGCGUCUCGCAAACGGAAAAGUGUGCGAAAGAGUUUGCGGAGUUCUAGCUGGACGGGCUGCCGUGAUUCGGGAUAUUUGCACUCUUGUCGAGGGUUUUAGGUGGAACCGAGGCCGUCACGAGCUCCAAACCAAGGCCUCGUUCCUUCAUUCCACACAGCUGAAACAGGUCCUUUUUGCCAUGAUCCUGCGUGCAGUUAGCACUAAUCUAUACACAGGCACAUUAUGCAGACACCCGUCGUGCUGCAACACAAAGUACUAGACCACGUCAUUUGUCCUUCUGUUGUCCAUGUUUCCAGUGUCCUCGCUCUCCCUCUUUGUUUGAGAAGCAACAUGAAUAUUAUUCCUGUUUUUUCAAGCGGCACAAAGGGUGAUUGAUUUACUAGCUGGUGUUGCACAUGCUAUGAUUUAAGCUUUGGGAAACUGAAGGGAUCUUUGUUAAAUGUCGCCGGUUAUCAGCCAUCUGUCCCACGCCUGAGUGUCUUUUAGGGUUCAGUUCAUUCGUCAUUAAUCAUGAACACAUGAACAUGUUCAUCAUUCUGGCGUCCUUAAGACCCAGAACCGUGUAUUUGUGCGUAUAGACAUAAACAUAUAUGAGAUUUUAAAAGACGUUUUUGUUAAAGCAUGACCAAAAUUCAAACAGAGAAACUGGUGUUGAGUGAAGGGAAAGAAACCGAGAUGAUUUCUUGCAGUUUUUCUUGUCAGCGCUGUGUUAGCCGAUCAAUUGUAGCAUCGUUUUGUUUUUUUCAUAUCUGGUCACAGGACUUUUCCUUUUUUACCUCAGUUUCGAUGUGGUAUUAAGUUAAUGGAAUGAAAUUAUAUAUAUUUUCAGGUACAACUCUGUUACACGAGGAGCAAGUUUGUCAUUGACUGCACACAACUGAUUUCUGUAUUUGCUAUGUCCAGAAAAAAUGUAUAUAGACACCUAAACCCUAAAUUAUUCAUACCCCUGUCAAAUAGAAGACAUUUUUUCAGUUACGCGUCAGUAUUUCACCUCAGAUUUGAUACAAAUAGGACACACAAGAAAAUUUGAAGCCAUAACCGGUUUAUUUAAGAUAGCAGAUGUUCCAAGAUCCUUGAGAUUGGAGGGUUUCCGUGCCGUUUCUUUAGCUCCAUCCACAGGUUGUCGAUGGGGUUUAAAUCAGGACUCUAACAUUAACAUCAUCGUCCUGGAACCGUUUCUUCACCUCCUUGGCUGUAUGCUUCAGAUCAUUGUCCUGCUGAUAGUUCCAUAGCUCCCCCAGGGUUCAGGUUCUCUGCCACCUGCUUGAGGUUUUCUUCCAGAUUCUUUAUCUGCUGCUCUUUCCUCAUGAUGCCUUCCACUUUGACCAAGGUGCAGAAAAGCAGCCCAUGCUUCACAGUAGGGAGCGUGUUCUUUGGCUUGUAGGCUUCGCCCUUCUUUCGCCAUGUGAAAGCCACAUCUCUGUGCCCAAAAAGCUCAAUUUUUGUUCCAUCUGACCACCGAACAGAUAGCCAGAAGCUUUUGUCUUCCUCUAGGUAGAUGAGCUUUUUCAUGCUUUGGUUGAAGCAGGGGGCCUUUCUUGGUCCAUAGAGACCAUUUUGGUGCAAUAUCCGUCUCACCACUUGCACUUAGUUCCUUCAGGACAGCCUUGGUAGUCGUCGUUGGAUUGUUUUCAACAUCUCGCUGAAUCUUUCUGGCGAGUCGAGGUGACCCUACUGACUUCCGUCCUUUGAGGUUUUUGACUGUGAAAUUUUUCUUGAUACUUUGCACUGUGGCCACUGGCGCCUGAAAUUGGCAAUUUUUUUUGUACCUUUUUCCUUCUUUUUUUUUUUUUUUUGGCGUUUACGAUGUCAAAUCCUCACCAAGCUGUUUGGUCUUUGCCAUGGCAAAUCUUGGGUUGACUUGAAAAUCACUGAAACGUCACAAGCAAGUCGACUUUUAUAGUCAGAAGACUGGUUAGAAAACAGAAAACAAAAACUCAGAAAAAUUGAAAACGAUAUUAAACUCUUUAGACCCUUAAAAAGAAUGGUUUGUUUGAACAUCUCCGUCUUGGUAUCAGUGGGGUAUGAAUAAUUUUGGGCUUCAGUAUAUAUAUACAUGUAUGUACCAGUGCAUUGACACGGCAUCCUCCAGUAGCUGAAAGGUCAGUUUGUUGUAUUAUUUUGAGGGUAUAUCAUGAGUGUGAAGCAGUGUUGGUCACAUGGACACACUUUUGCGCUGCUUUUUGAUUUAUUUUUAACCUGCUGUGUUCGAGCAGAGACAUCGUGUAACUGCCAUAUUCGUUUUGUUUUUAUUUUUGCAUGUUUGUACAGCGGUGUGUCACAACAAGCUAAUAGUGCCCUACAAGUGUUCCCACGUUUUUUUUCUUUUUGUUUUGUUUUUGUCCUGUUACUUUCACAUAGUCUGGGACGUCGUAAUUUAAAUCUCAGCGACAUAAUUCCCUAAGAGCAAACCAUUUCAUUCAAUUCAGUUUUACUUAUGUAGCACCAAUUACAAUUCAGAUUGUCUCAAAACGCUUUACAGAACUCACAUGCCUCAAUGGUCUGAAACCUUUUUCUGUUAUUUUUGUCAGUUUCACCCUUUUGUCGGCUGAGUAGAGGGUCCAGGCUUUAAAAUUAUCUCAGUAGAACCUGAAAGUACCCUUUAAGGAUGAUCUAGUUUAGUAUUAUUAGUUUGUCUGUCAGUAAUAACGACACUGACAAAAAGAGUCAGGUAUACCACAAAAAGACACAAAAUCUCCACCAAAAGGGUAAAAAAUUACCACAAACGUGCAAAACUACCACAAACAGAUGUUAAAUCGGCACAAAAAAAUGCAAAAUUACCACAAAAUAACAAAUGUCCAAAAUCACCACAAAAACAGGCCAAAACUACCACAAAAUGACACCAAAUCACCACAAAAAUAAGUGAAUAUACCAAAAAAAGACACAAAAUGAACACCAAAGGGUAAAAAUUACCACGAAGACUCAUCUGGUUCUUCAUCUCCAGUAACUUUAUUAACGAUCAGAGUUCUACUUUCAUACUGUGAAUAUUUCCAGAGUUCCAGGUCCUUGAAGUCCAUAGAGGAGAAUGUCCUCUGUAGAAAGUUCUAGAGUAGACCUACCAACAACCACUGAUUAUUAAUCAGUGGUCCUAACAGUUGUCCUUAGGUAUACUCUUGAACUCUGACAGGGGACGUUCUCCUUUCUUGCUUCCAGUCUUUAAGUUUAGUGUCACUUUGAACAUUCAGACUUCCAGGUCCUUGAAGUCCAUAGAGGUGGGUCAAGAGUAUAACUACCGACAACUGGAAAGUCGUCUAGAACUUUCUAGUUGUCGGUAGGUGUACUCUAGAACUUUCUACAGGUGAUGUUCUCCCUUCUUGCUUCCAGUCCUUAAGUUUAGUCUCACUUAGAACAUUCAGAACUGGAGACUUCCAGGUCCUUGAAGUCCAUAGAGGAGAACGUCCCCUGUAGAAAGUUCAAGAGUAUACCUACCGACAACUGUAAAGUAGUUGUUGGUCCAUAGACAUGCGAGAUAUUAAUCAGUGGUCCUAACAGUUUUCGGUAAGUCUACUCUUGAACUUUCUACAGGGGACAUUCUCCUUUCUUGCUUCCAGUCCUUAAGUUUAAUCUCACUUAGAACAUUUAUCUGUAGACUGGCAGGUCCUUGAAGUCUAUAGAGGUGGAUCCAAAAAGAUAAACCGACUCGUGUCAGCUGAGUAGGCUUUAAAAUUUCUCAAUUAUCUCAAUAGAACCUGAAAGCACCCUUUAAGUAGGAUCUAGUUUAGUAUAAUUAGCUUUUCUAUCGGUAAUAACACUUUCUUGUGUCCCCCCCACCUCUCUACCUCUAUCCCUCCACCUCUAACCCUCUACCUGUAACCCUCUACCUCCACCCCUCUACCUCUAACCCUCUACCUCUAUCCCUCUACCUCCACCUCUAACCCUCUACCUGUAACCCUCUACCUCCACCCCCUCUACCUGUAACCCUCUACCUCUAUCCCUCUAUCUCUACCCUCCUUUCUACCUCUUCUGUCCCUCUCAACCCGCCCGGCCAGCAGACAGAUGGUUCCCCCCACAUUAGAGCCGGGUUCUGCUCGAGGUUUUUUUCCCUGUUAAAAGGGUGUUUUCCUUGCCACUGUCGCCUUUUGGCUUGCUCUGGGGGUCAGGCAUAUGGGUUCUGUAAAGCGUCUCGAGACAAUUUGACUGUAAUUGGCGCUAUAUAAAUAAAAUUGAAUUGAAAAAAUUUAAUUUCUGCUCCAAAUUAGACCCAGAGAGACUUCUGAUCAGCCAUUUUGGAUAAUUUAACUAAUCUAUCAAGAAAACAGCCAAACUUGAUCUCAUUUUACUUCAUCAGAUGUGAUAAUUUGCUGCAUCUCUCAAGUUUUAAGCUGAUAAUCUGACCUGAGGGUUAAUUUGAGGGUCACUUUUGAUGCCUGGAAACUUCAGAUUGACAUUUUAGACUAAAUAUUGUAUUAAUAUUAAUAAAGACGACUUGAGAAGGGAAAUUAAUUUUCUUUCCAUUUCGGCUGAAUGUUCAAAUUAAUUUGAUUCGAUGGGUUUCAUACUGUAUCACUGCAAAAUGGACUGUUUUUGUUGGGGUUUUUUGUGUUUGUUUUUAAAGCCUCAUCGUUACAGAAUUUGUUCACUGCAGCUGAAAACUUUUUGAGAAGAAGGUUCAGUUUAAUGGACAGUUACCACACUUUACGCAGUAGUAAUAGCAACAAAAGUGAAAUAUCAUAACCGUAAAAGUAUUCAUUCAUCUCAGUCUCUACUUGCUUUCUGCUGUUUCAGCUUCUAGUAUCUCUGCAUCGUUUUCUAACCAACUUUGCACACUGUGAUGGAGCGAUAUUUACUCAGUCUUCUUUGCAAAAGUUGCUCAGAGCGAAUGGACAAAAAUAAGGAAAUGUUUUGAAGAACAUCUGUUGUUGUUUUGUUCCCUCCAGCCACUCCUGUUAAGUUAUCGUCUAUGCAUAUUUAUUACGUUUUCUCCAGUCAGAAAAAUGUAGGAUUUAUGAGGGAUUUGUUUUUAUUCUGAGCUCCGUUGUUUAAGAAUCAGUGUCAAAUGUCAAAUAACCCGCGAGGCUGCCAUGUCCACUUCCUUUUCUUGCAGAUGUCAGUAAACGUUCGGCGUUGGUGAACCUUUCAUUCCUUUUUAGCAGAGUUUGAGGUCAUUUCUGCAAGUUGGAAAUCAGAGUUUUUACAUUUAUUUAACGUGAUGCUCGAGGAAAAUGCAAUUUAAUCAAGUUCAACUAUCUUAAAACAACCAAAUGUGAACAAGUCUUGGGGACUGAAUGCUAUUUUUAGGUACUACUGCACUGUUUCAUCGACUGAGCACAUUUUUAUUUUUAUUUAGCCCUGAUUUCAUUUCAAAGGCACAACUGUUUCUUAUGCUGUUUUAUUUAUAUUCAGAGACCUCUAAUAAAAUGUUUAAACCUG